AUGAAGAUUUCUAAUUCUGAUAUUUUUACUUGUUAUCUAUCAUUCUGCAAUGAAGGAUAAGUUAUAUAAUCGAAAUUUUCUAUUUAUGAUACCUACUUGACGAUAUAAAUAAGCGAUAUAGAUGAAUUGAAAGUUGAUUAUUGUUCACAAGAUGCAAUUUUUGAAUGGAAACUAGAGAAUGGCAAUUAUUGCGAAGUAAUUGUUAUUACUGAAAAUUAUUCUUAGACUUAUAAAGGAUCAAAGUAAAUCAUUCUAAACCUUAAAUAACACCUUAAUGGGAAGGUAUUUUUUAGAAACUUCAAGUCUCAUUACAAUAAAAUUUAAACAAUAAAAAAAACUAAAUAGGGAGAUAUUUCUAAAUGUUAUAAUAAAUAUUUGAAUAUUGAAGUCAUCGCCAAGAGGUUUAAUUUAACUCAAAAUAUCGAACGUUAAUAGAAGAAACUCAUAUUGAAUGAAUUAAAAAUAUGCCAAUACUUGAGUUAAUACGCAUAAGAAUCCAUUAUAUAAUUAAGAGAAUUUUAUCAAGAAAAGGAUAAGAUUAUUCUAAUUUUCGAUUUUUGCGAAGGAGGUACUUUAAAUUCCUAUAUGGCCUAAAAUAAUUUCUGCCCAUAGUUUAUUCAUAUUAGAAAAAUUAUGAAAAAACUUCUGUUAGCAAUUAAAUUUCUUCAUAAACACAACAUUAUGCAUAGAGAUAUUAAAAUGGAUAAUCUUAUGUUAUUAGAAAAUAAUAAUCCGAAUUCUAUAUAAGUUAUUGAUUUUGGAUUCUCUACAUUUAUUGACGAUUAACCAUAUAUAAUUGAAAGAUGUGGGACUCCUGGAUAUAUUGCUCCAGAGCUAUAUUCGGAAAAUCCCUUUGAUGAACAGGUGGAUAUUUACAGUCUUGCUUAGAUAUUUUUUAUAUUGCUAACAGGAAGAAAGUUUGCAUUUGAUUCUCAUUCUUUCAAGACAUUUACUUUACUUCACGAAAAAUAGUCAAAUAUAAUCAGAGAAGCAACAAAGAACGAAAUAAUUGUUGAUUUAUUUUAAAAAAUGACGAAUUCUCCAGAAAAAAGGUACAAUGCUUCAUAAUGUCUUAAUCACUAAUAUUUUGAAAAGACAUCUAAAAUAAAACAAUAGUAAAAAAUAUGUAAACAUUAGGUUAACUUGUCUAAAGUUUCCUUUGUUAAAGACUCCAUUCUAAUCAGUUAAAUUGAAAGAGUAAUAAUAAUAAUCAAACCAUGA